CAAAAGCCCUGACCUCCGCUUCUCACGUCCUUUAAUCACUUUUCCAUGGCGAAGGCGGUGGAAAGAGCCCCAAGAAGACGGAGGGAACCCAAGCCCACCAUGGGGAAGAAGAGGCCGGUCGAAAAAGAAGAAGUAAAAGACCGAGAAGAGGAGGUGGAGGACGAAGAGGAGGUACCGAUGGGCGUGAGCUCGAAGGCGGAGCUGAAGCGGCGGAAGAAGGAGAACAAGAAGGCGAAGUCCGGCGGGUUCGAGUCGCUGGGACUCUGCCUGGAGGUCUACCGCGGUGUCAAGCGCAAGGGCUACCGCGUCCCCACCCCGAUCCAGCGCAAGACGAUGCCCCUUAUCCUCUCGGGCGCUGACGUCGUCGCUAUGGCCCGCACCGGAUCCGGCAAGACCGCCGCCUUCCUCAUCCCUAUGCUCCAGAAGCUCCGCCAGCACGUCCCCCAGGCUGGCAUCCGCGCCCUCAUCCUUUCUCCUACCCGGGACCUCGCCCUCCAAACCCUAAAGUUCACCAAGGAACUUGGCAGAUACACCGACAUCCGCACUAGUCUAUUGGUUGGCGGAGAUAGCAUGGAAAAUCAAUUUGAAGAAUUAGCUCAAAGCCCUGAUAUUAUAAUUGCAACGCCUGGUCGACUUAUGCAUCAUUUGUCAGAGGUUGAGGGCAUGUCUCUACGUACAGUAGAAUAUGUAGUGUUUGAUGAAGCUGACAGCCUAUUUGGCAUGGGCUUUGCUGAACAGUUGCACAAAAUUCUUUCACAGCUAAGUGAGACUCGCCAAACCUUGCUUUUUAGUGCUACCUUGCCAAAAGCCCUUGCUGAGUUUGCCAAGGCUGGUCUCCGUGAUCCACAGCUAGUGCGGCUGGAUCUGGAGACUAAGAUUAGCCCAGAUCUUAAGCCGAUCUUCUUCACAUUGCGCCAUGAAGAGAAGCUUGCUGCUUUGCUAUAUUUAAUUAGAGAGCAGAUAAGUUCUGAUCAGCAGACUUUGAUAUUUGUUUCAACAAAGCAUCAUGUGGAGUUUCUAAACGUUCUUUUCAGAGAAGAGGGUAUUAAGCCUUCCAUUUCUUAUGGUGAUAUGGAUCAGGAUGCUCGAAAAAUUCAUCUUUCAAAGUUCAGAGCAAGGAAGACCAUGCUGCUGAUUGUGACAGAUGUUGCUGCAAGGGGCUUAGAUAUUCCUUUGCUUGAUAAUGUGGUGAACUGGGACUUUCCUCCAAAGCCUAAAAUUUUUGUUCAUAGAGUGGGCCGUGCAGCUCGGGCAGGUCGAACAGGUACUGCUUAUUCAUUUGUCACAUCGGAGGAUAUGCCUUAUCUGUUAGACCUUCAUCUAUUUCUUUCAAAGCCUCUUAGACCUUCCCCAACGGAGGAGGAAGUAGUUAAUGACAUGGAGGGAGUGCAUACAAGAAUUGAUCAAGCACUUGCUAAUGGCGAAACUGUAUAUGGGCGCUUUCCCCAGCCAGUAUUAGAUCUCGUUUCUGAUAGAGUUCGUGAGAUUAUUAAUGGAUCCGCAGAACUGAUAUGUUUGCAAAAGACAUGUGCUAAUGCAUUUCGCUUGUAUUCAAAGACCAAGCCUUUACCUUCAAGAGAAUCUAUUAGAAGAAUAAAGGAUUUACCUCGUGAAGGUCUGCAUCCAAUUUUUAUAAAUUCACUGGGGUCCAAUGAACUGACAGCACUUGCAUUUUCUGAACGUUUGAAAGCAUAUAGACCAAAGCAGACCAUUUUAGAGGCUGAAGGGGAAGCUGCAAAAUCAAAAAAUUCACAAGGCACAAAUCAGUGGCUUGAGGUGAUGAGGAAAAAAAGAGCUGUUCAUGAGGAAGUGAUCAAUUUGGUACACGAAAAGCGUUCUGUUGAUCAGGCACCAAAGGAAGUGGAGGUAGAAAGCACAUUUUCAACAGAUUGGGAUAAAAAAGAAAUUUGCGGCGUGAAAAGAAAGGCAGGAAGUUUUAAGGAUGAGGAAUUCUAUAUAAGUUCGGUUCCCACCAAUCAACAUAUGGAGGCUGGGCUAUCAGUGAAGGGAAAUGAGGGCUUUGGUUCAAACAGAUUGGAGGCUGCUGUUCUUGAUCUAGUUGCAGAUGAUAGUUCUGGUUUACAGAAGCAGAAAUCACAAUACCAUUGGGAUAAGAAACACAAAAAGUACAUCAAAUUGAAUAAUGGGGAACGUGUUACAGCUACAGGGAAGAUUAAAACGGAGAGUGGUGCAAAAUUGAAGACUAGCAAAACAGGGAUAUACAAAAAAUGGAAGGAGCGGUCCCACAAAAAGAUUUCUCUUAGUGGAAUGGCCAAGGACUUUGCCGAGGAGGGUACUGGUUCUACAGGGGGUCAUCAACUGAGAGGAAAUAAGCAGCAUUUCCGCGGUGGAAAAAAUCAUUGGUCGGUGCCUAAUGCUAACGUACCGUCUGAGCUGAAAGAUCCUGAGCAAGUGCGAAAGAAAAGGCAGCAGAAGGCCAAUAAGAUUGCUCUGAGGAAUAGCAAAUCUUCAAAAGGGAACAAAUUCGGAAAAAAGAAAAGAGGGAAGAGAGAAAGCCGAAGAUUCUCCAACUCUCUUUAGGGAACCCGCAUUGUUAGGGUAAAGCGAAUGCAAAAGACUAGGCCUGGUUCCUCCCCAAAAAAGUGAUUAAGCUUUGAUGCAGUUAUUAUUAACAUGGCCUAGUAAACUAUGGCAUUCCGAGUUGUAAUCCUGGUUUUUCGUUCCUUUCCAGGAACCCGCAUUGUUAUCAUUAAAUAGUUAAGAUUAUUUUUUUGAGAAUUACUAAAUAGUUAAGCAGUGAUGUAGAAUAUCCUGUCAGAAUUUUUUAUUAAAAAAUGAUUUUUUUGGGUACUA